CUUUGGUGAAUACACGACUAGUGAGUACAGUGGGUGAGUAUCGUGGUUAAUUUGCUUUCUUAAAUGUUGCUAAAUACAACAAGUUUAAUAUUUUUAAUAUACUCUGAUCAAGACGGGUGUAAAAGCUGUUAUAUUAAAUAGAGUUGUAAAAUCAAAACUUCGUUAGCGGUUCAUUGACGUUUGCCUAGCCUGAGUGUCAGACACUCAGGCUAAUGUUUGCCUUAAACGUCAAUCUUAAGGUCACUAUUAUUGACACUACACCUACACCUGCAACAGAUCAGUUCAAGAUUAUAUGUUGCUGAAACCGUUUAAGUAUAGGUAGCUAGAUAUGAAAUGCAAUUGUUGUAUGAAUCUUGUCAACUAUAAAAAUAUUAAAAUAUAUAGAAACUUCAAGAACCCCAGAACGGAAAUACAUAACGGCAAUAUUGUUCAUUUUAAAGUGGAUUUCUCGGAGAUCUGCCGAUCUUUAAAAUAUUACAGUAUAUAAAGUCCGCACUGCAAUUGAAUGUGUUGUGUUCUAUUUUUAAUUAACUAUUCCGCUUUUGUCAUUUUUGGUACGUGCAAAUUAAAACAAUCUACAUAGCUAGAUGCGCUGCCACUGGUUUGUAUUUAUUGUAAUCUUAAAAUCGAGUAAAAAACUAAACGAGAAUUUUAUACUUUCUAGUUUGUAAUUUGAUAUCAUGGGCAAUUGUUUGGGUUUUGGACCUGGAGGUGUGAUAAAAGAAUCACUUGCUGCACGCUUCCAGUCUUUUCGCUAUGGUGGGGAAACUCCUGGUGGUGGAUGGUUUGCCUGUUGUCAGAGCAGAGGAGCCAAGGGUGAUGAUGAACUCUCAAAAGUGACAGUGUGCUUUGGAGUGUUUCUCGGUAUAUUGGGAAUCUUACUCAUUGCAGGGGGAGUUCUGGUUGACCACUACUCAAAAAAGCUUCAGGAGCCGAUACUUUUCUAUGUUGAAGAUGUGACACAACAUGAAUUCUUGCCGACUUAUCAACUCAUGAUUGCGAUUGGAGUCUUUUUGUUCCUAUCAGCCAUCUGUGCCUGUUGUUUCGGUGCCCGAGGUGGUGACAAAGUUGCGGCCUGUUGCUUGCUGCUUGCUUUCAUCAUGGUCACUGUUGUGAUUGUCCGCCUAAGCCACAGUAUCAGCAAAUUUGACAGCGAAAGAGUGGAGUUCGAUAUAAGGAAGAAUAUGAUGGCUAAAAUAAAUAGCACCGCGGACCCCAUUUUGGAUUACAUUCAGCAAAAAUUGGAAUGUUGCGGAGUAGAGGGCCCAUCAGAUUGGCAGCAUAAUAUCACGUUCAACAAUGAAACUGUUCCCGACUCUUGCUGUAAAGUUGAAACUCCCGACUGUGGACAGAAUUACAGACAAAACAAAAUAUUUCUGGGUGGAUGUCUGACCAACAUGAUGCACAAGAUUACAACAUAUUUUCAUUGGCAGAUAAGCUUUCUGGCAUUUUUCUGUCUCACUGCAAUUUUUGUAAUCUGCUUCUGUUGUUUUAUUAAUGCUUGUAGCUACUAGAAUGUUGAUGUUGACAAUCUUCUUUGAUUUUUACCUCACUUUUAAUUGUUUUUCUAAAAAGUACUGCUGGAAUGAUUAAGAAUGACGUUUACAGUUUUUUUCAUAUCUCAUCUUAUUCUCAAGUUAUCGCACUUUCUAUAUUUUGUGUUGUGACGUCGCAAGUUUAACUGAUCAUGGCAAUAAAAAGGAAGUCUGAUAUCUUGGUGAGUAUUUAAUAAAAUUCGAUGAAACUUGGUACACUUAGUGGGGUACCCAUAUGAAUAUUUUUGGCAGGUCAUGUGGUUAUCAUGGCAACACACUAGACCCCAGUCUCUCAUAUCUUCCUUUUCAAAAAUUUCCUCCUGUAGACCUACUGCAGAAAAUGUUUGCAUGUUAUAACGGUUUAAACUGAUCACAACACCUAGACGUAUUAUAGUAAUAAGCGAUAAUUGCCGAAAUUGCUAUUUAUUUCGGUGGAAAUGGAUCAUAUAGAAAUUGGAAGAAAAGGGACUGGGGAUAGGUGUGUUGCCAUGAUAACCGUAUAAACAAGCCAAGUUGUUCAAUUCGUUGCACUCACUUAGUGUGACAAGUUUCAUUGAAACGAUCAUGCAUCAAGAUAUCAGAUGUUCUUGUUAUUGCCACUAUUUCGAGUCAUACUAGUAACGUCAAAACUCAAAAUAUAAAAAGUGCGAUAACUUGGGAGUUGGGAAUGAGAUGAGAUACGAAUAAACUGUAAACGUCAUUUAGCAGUACCUUUUAAUGAAACAAUAAUAAAAGAUGAGGCAAACAUUUCGUUCCAUAAGCACUUUGAAUUAUUGAAAGUAAAUUCUUGC